CCGCGCCAGAACCGGAAAAGCGCUGUUAGCAUUCGGCUAAAUGCUAAAAACACAGGCAGCUCCACUGGAAGAUUGAUCCAAAAAUCAUCUCAAGCGGACUCUAUAAUCGAUUACAGGUGAAUGAUCGAGGACCAGCGCGCGACUGCAGACUCGCGUCGAUCGGAAAACACGCGAUGGAUGACAAAAAAAUGGUUGCUGGAAAAGUGAAGAAACCCGGCAAGCGCGGCCGCAAACCUGCCAAGAUCGACCUGAAGGCCAAGCUGGAGAGAAGCCGGCAGAGCGCCAGAGAGUGCCGCGCCAGGAAGAAGCUGCGCUACCAGUAUCUGGAGGAGCUGGUGUCCAGUAAGGAGAGGGCCAUCUGUGCGCUGCGAGAGGAGAUGGACAUGUACAAGCAGUGGUGUCUGGCCAUGGACCAGGGGAAGAUCCCGUCCGAAAUCAAAGCCCUCCUGACCGGAGACGAGCAGAAAGCGCCGCAGAGCUCCAGCAACAAGAUCCCCAAGAACAGCAAGUACGGCCAGAACAAAACGUCUUAGACGGAUCCAGAGCGAGAGCGUUCGGAUGCGUGAAUGUGAAUCAGUGUUUAUCUGUGGUUUUGUCGUAAUGGGACGUUUAAAAUAAGUUUUUCUGUUUGCAUUCACAAUAAUAUGACCAUUAGAGAGUUAUUCCUGUGGAUUUGUGUGUUUGUUUCAGGUUUUGUGUUGAUGUGUGAUUCGUAAACAUUUCCUCCUCCUUUAAAUAUUUAUUUCGGAACCCCUUCUGGUACCAAAUCAUUUGUGAUGAAGGAUUCAGCGCUCGUGAGUCCAGUCUACCACUGGAUAAAAAAAAUAAAGCUAAUUGUGCCUUUUUAUCUCACAUUUCUGAGUUCACGUCACAAUUCAGACUUUUUUUCUCAUAAUUCUGAGACUCAAAAUUGCAAGCUUUGAACUCAGUUACUCAGUUUAUAACCAAGUUACUUGCAAUUCUGAGGAGAAACUAAAAAAUUGUAAGAUAUUGAUUUAAAAGUCAGAAUUAUUAAAUAAAAAGUAGCAUUUUUUUUUUUUUGGGUGAAAACCAAAAACAGAAUUGCAAGAUGUUAACUAGAAAAAGUUAGAUUCUCUGACAAUUCCUAGUUUUUGUUAGAAUUGUUAGAGAUAAAAAGUAACAAUUCCCUUUUUUUAUUCAUUAUUCCAUGGUGGAAACAAGCUUCCAUGUGACAAUGUGACGAUGACGUGUGUUUUAAUCAGUUUAAUCCAUUAAACCUGUAGACAGAGACCUUAUAAGACGGACUUUUGCCAAAAUCUCUUGCUCUGCUCUUUGCACUUUACAAGAUUUGAAAGAUUUCAACGCAUAGCACUUCCCCUUUCUCUUGUACAAAUAGAGUUUGUCUGUGUUUUGUUGAUCGUGUAUUUAUUUCACUAACUGAAACUUAAAGCACUUUCCUUCAAAGCUCUAAUUUUUGUACUUUAUUCGAGUUCCAUCUGCUUUAUUCGGCAGGUUUGACAAAAGCAAACCAAAAUAACAUAUUUCAGCACGGACGAGUUACGAUCUGAAUGAAGUUAAUGAAUGUGAAACUAUUUCGUCAGUGCUGAUCGGCCCAAACACAGAGAUGUAGAAGUGUUUCGUGAAAAGUUCGAGUUUUAAUGAACGUGGAACACUUUCAUUGGCCUUCAGCACUUUUCCUUGUGACUCCUGACUCUGAGUCUCUAUUCUGGCUGGCAUAAUCUAUAAUAUUUAGAGCUCAAAUGUAUAUUUUUAUAUGGUGUGUAUAAAAUGUAGAUCGAAAUUUGUUGCAGGAUGAUGCUUAAACGUCUUAUUAAACAGUGUAGCAUUGCUUUGUGAUCCUGAAUAAAAACAUUGAAUCUGAA